CACGACUCUUCCGAAGACCAAUGUGUUCCGGGCAUUUUUACGGGUCGGGCAAACCCGCAGCCCAGUCUCAGGUCGGAAUUCUAAUCGGAAGGCGCGAAUCAUGGCAGUCGUCACCACAUAUCGUCCCGCUUACCCACAGCUGCGAAGCUCAACUUUCCUAUACACUCUAACCUCUCCCCGUUUCUAAAUUUCUCCUGCAAUUCUUCACAGCUGGUGUGACUCAACUCUCCCCCACCGCAAUGAAUUGUCCUUCGCGCGUCGACCCCAUCCACACGGAGGGCUGGAACCAGAACCCAGAUGCCUUGAACGCCGACGCGACGACGAGGGCUGACCUUGACCACAUGGCAAAUGCCAGACUGCAAAGAGACCACAAAUUAGAUCCCGCCGACGGGUUCGCGGCCGAGAUAGAAACGAGCGAACGCCACAUUACCAAGCGAGACAGCAAGAUCAAGAUGAAGGCGCUCGAUGGCCAGGGCAACAUCACGGUUGGUGAAGGCAAAGGCCCUGGCGCUGUCACUGGCUCUCCAUCUGGGAGUCCAGUUGAAAAUACUGGCAGAGCGACCAACGACUGGCGCAUGGCUCUUCGUGGGCUCUCCGUGAGAGCUUCAAAGAUAUUGCGCAAGUACGCAACAUUCAUUGGACCUGGCUUUAUGGUCGCCGUUGCAUAUAUCGAUCCCGGUAACUAUGCAACCGAUGUUGCAGCCGGUGCUACGUUCAGGUUCAAACUUCUGUUCAUUGUUUUGAUGUCCAACAUCUUCGCCAUCUUCCUCCAAUCCCUGUGUAUCAAACUGGGCUCCGUUACGGGAAUGAACCUUGCUGAGAAUUGCAAGGCUAAUCUCCCGCCGUGGCUCAACUAUGUUCUCUAUGUCUUUGCAGAAUCGGCUAUCAUUGCAACCGAUAUUGCAGAGGUCAUUGGUACUGCAAUCGCGCUUAAUAUCCUCCUUAAUGUCCCCCUCGUCGCUGGCUGCGCCAUAUCUAUUGUCGAUGUGCUUAUCAUCCUAAUUUUCUACCGUCCUUCCGGCACAAUGCGUGCUUUGAGAGCAUUCGAGUUCUUCAUCAUGGCUUUGGUCCUCGGCGUCGUCAUUUGUUUUUGCUUCGAACUCAGCAAGAUCAAGGCCCCAGUUGGAGACGUCUUCCGCGGUUAUCUACCCUCUUCUACUCUUGUCAAGCCACAAGCUCUGUAUCAGUCUUGCGGCAUUCUCGGCGCUACUGUCAUGCCCCACAGUCUCUACUUGGGCAGCGGUAUCGUCCAGCCCCGCCUCCGCGAGUUUGACGAAUCCAAUAACACGGCGGUUGUCGAGAUCGACUCCAUCAACGACCAAAUCAAAUACAAGCCCUCUUUGGCUGCCAUUCAAUCAUGCAUGUCGUAUAGCAUUGUCGAAUUGGCAGUUUCCCUAUUCACCUUUGCCCUUUUCGUCAACAGCUCCAUCCUGAUUGUUGCCGGGGCAUCUCUCCAUGGCCUCCCGGAGGCCGAUGACGCGGACCUCUUCUCGAUUCACACCUUACUCUCUCGAUCCAUCGCCCCUGUUGCUGGUACACUGUUUGCAUUGGCUUUGCUCCUGUCCGGUACAUCAGCGGGCAUUGUCUGCACCAUCUCUGGCCAAAUGGUUUCUGAAGGCCAGCUCAACUGGACAAUAAAGCCUUGGCUCCGCCGUCUCAUCACUCGUCUCAUUAGCAUCACACCCAGCAUCAUCAUCGCUGGCGCCGUUGGCCGUGAGGGGCUUGGCAAGGCUCUUGAAGGAACCCAGGUCGCGCUUAGCGUUAUUCUGCCUUUUGUCAGCGCUCCGUUGAUCUGGUUCACUAGCCGUUCACAAUACAUGAAUGUGUCUGUCCUAAGCGAUGGCGAUGGUACGACAAAUGCUGAGGGUGAUGGGGAUCAACAUGUCCAAAUGAGAAAUCACUGGAUCACUGUGGUUUUGGCUCUAUUGAUUUGGGGCAUUAUUGUGGUUAUGAAUGUGGCCCUUUUGGUUCUUUCUGGUAUGGGUCUUGCGUAAUUGCAACGCAUUUUUAAGCAUGAUGGUGGAGUGUAUAGCGAAGAUGGAUAUUUGGAUAAGGUCUGCUACGUACUGGAAACUGUAAGUCCACUGUGGCUAAGGUAAGGCACUCUUUUGUUAACUGGUUUGACUGGUUCUGAAGUAUGAAGACGACUUGUCCAGAAAGUCGGCCGCGUCUGUUCGGUUCAUCGGCCCAAGCUCUAUAACAUCGCGGCGCGUCAGCGACACUGCUACCUCUAGCGUGCGCGUCGUGUAUUUAGUUACAAACUACUUAAAGCGCGUCUUUACUAAGGCAUUUUAGGCUUUAAAAGAGCGUACAGCAGCGGUUUAAGAUAGCAACAAGGAAUAGGUAACGCUUCUAGCUUACGUAUGCGCUUCUAGAGAUGUACUACCACUCGCUCGUAUCUACUUGUCAGAUAUGAGGUAGAUUUUGGGUGGAAGGCAACGGAGUUGGAGAUCAUCACGUUACUUAGACCCCCUAGUCCUAAGAGGG